AUGGGCAUGGCUGCUGGCGUGGGACUGGCAUGGCCCAGGCAUGGGCCUGGGCGCUGGCUUGUCUGCUGGGCUGCAUGCAUGGCCCAGGUAGGCAUGGCCCAGGCAAGGGCCUGGGUGCUGGGGUUGUGCGGCUACUGGUGGCUGGCAUGGCUUGUUAGCGGCAGGGUCGAGGCAUGGGUCGUGGGGCUGUCUAAUCUUGUUAGUGAUAGGGUCAAGGCAUUAGUUAUAGGCCUGUCAAGGCUUGUCAUGGCAUGGUUGGCAGCUUGGCUGUGGGUCACUAAACUUGAGAUUUUGGCACACACUCAGUACUCGACUAACACAGUGUUUGCCUACUCUAUUGUGUCCAACUAUUAUAUGGCAUCGCUUAUUACCGUCUCAUUUGUGUGUUGGAUAUGGAAAGGCUCGGUCAAAGCACAGAUAAUUGGUUCAGGUUCUCAUGGUCUUGGAAUUGGCUCUUUUAGCCUUGACUGGAUGUCCAUAACUGGCUAUAUAGGAUCCCCCAUGGCCUAUCCCAGAUUUGCUAUAGUUAAUAAGUUGGUGGGAUUUGUGGCCAUGAUGUAUUUAAUUGCUCCAAUUGCAUAUUGGACUAAUUUAUUCAAUGCCAAGAGAUUCCCCUUUUUCAGUCUUAACAUGUAUGAUUACGAUGGAAAGUUCUACAAGGCCGCUAGUGUCUUUGGCGACGAUUUGGUACUUGAUCCUCAGGCAUACCAUAAUUAUUCUGACAUCUAUUUAAGUAUCUUCAGCGCCAUGGGAACGGGGUUUGGAUUUGCAGGAUUAACAGCCACACUCACUCACUUUUUUCUAUUCUACGGAAGGGAUGCAUGGGUAUAUGGGGACCAAAUUCAACUUCCUACCUGGGGUUUUCUGGUUGCAGUGCUUGUGGCCGCCAUUUUACUUCUUCCCGUGGGUGCAAUUAAAGCUACAACUGGAAUCAAUCUUUCAAUGUUCCUCAUUGGUGAGAUGAUCAUGGGUUAUGCAUCACCGGGAAAACCCAUAGCCAACAUGGCUUUUGUAGCAUAUAGCCAAAGCACCAAAUUACAUGCCUUGAACUUUAUAGCUGAAUUCAAAUUGGGACAUUACAUGAAGAUUUCUCCAAGAUCCAUGUUCCUCGUUCAGAUUGUUGGAGCAUUGCUAGCAUCCACAACACGCAUUUUCACAGCAUGGUGGGCGCUCACUUCAAUCAAAAACAUCUGCGUGCCGGAGGAGGGGAAUAUCUGGACAUGCCCUGCUGUUACCAAUUCCUACAAUAGAGCAUUGAUAUGGGGAGGAAUUGGUCCAAGCCGAGUGUUUGCACCGCAUGGUCAGUAUGCAUGGCUAUACAUCUUUUUCCUGAUAGGAGUGGUGGGACCAGUGAUGGUUUGGAUUCUAAGUCGCAAAUAUCCUCAAAAGAAGUGGAUUAGACUGAUCAAUUUCCCAAUAAUAUUUGCGGGCACAGCAAUGAUGCCCCCAAUGGGUGCAGCCCAUAUAUGGAGUUUCUUUAUCGUGGCCUUUAUCUUCAACUUCUUGGUUUACAGCAGGCACAAGGGGUGGUGGUCUAAGCAUGCUUAUGAUCUGUCUAAUGGCCUCGAUUUAGGGACUGCCAUUUUCGGUGUACUCUAUAUGACUCUUGCUCUUCAAGAUAUCUACGAGGUCCAAUGGAUUGGGGGCGCUGAUGAACAGUGCCCUUUAUCUCUCUGCCCUACUGCUCCUGGCGUUAUUAAAAAGAACUGCCCCGUCUUCAACUGA